UCCAUCAAUACUGAUCUUUGAGGGGGGAAAAAAAAUCUGGGUUCUGACAAAUUAACUGUCAAAAACUGUUGGAUUGGACUUUUUUUCAACUGGGUAUUGAUAAUCUCAGUUUACGAUUUGACCCUUUUGAUGAAAAAGAUUGAAUCCAACUAUUUCAAGUCAAGGUCCCACUAUCCAUUUUCUUUGGAUUUCUUGAUUUCGUUUUCGUUUUCUCAGACAAGUCACAGUUAUAAAAAGACUCAUUUUACGCUUACGCAUGCAGUGGCCGUUUUGGUGAAGAAACUGAAACCGUUUUCUUUCUUUCUUUCUUUCUCUGUUUCCUUUCUCUCUCGAUCAGUCUCUCUCUCUCUCUCUCUCUCUCUCUCUCUCUGUUUCUCUAAAGAGGUUUCAUGGCGACGAAGCUAUCAGCCCUUUACGUUGGACAUGGCUGGCGUGGAUUUAGUUCUUCUAAUCACUCCAAUCUGCGGCUGCCUGUAACUCCUGCUCGAUUUCUGCCCUUCUCCUUCAAGAAUCGUCAGAGGAUCUUCAGUUCCCAACGUAACAGACAGCAGGCAAUAAAAUUCUCGCAUGAACCACCUCCACUGGAUGAGAAAUUCCAGACAAGUGAUGAUGAAUACAGUGAAGUUCAAUGUGCUAUUCCAGAUACGAUCACAAGUUCGCCUGAGGAAACCACAUCAACCAGUACUGAAGUUGAUAAUGGUUUUACUGCUAAAAAUACUGAGACAACUUUUGACAGUUCAGUUCCUGUCGAUGAAAAAUCUACGACAGAAAAUGGUGAUGGUGGAGGGAAGCUAUCAAAUGUUAGGCUUGAGGAUUUGAUAGGCAUGAUAAGGAAUGCUGAAAAAAAUAUCUUGCUUCUGAACCAAGCUCGGGUUCGUGCGCUUGAAGAUCUUGAAAAUAUUCUCAGUGAGAAGGAGGCUUUGAAAGGAGAGAUCAGCAUCUUAGAGAUGAGGUUGGCAGAUGAUGAUGCAAGGAUUAAAGUUGCAUCUACAGAAAAAAUACCUGUGGAAGUCCUUGAAGAUCAGUUAGAGAAGUUGAAGAAUAAUAUCACAGGAAGAAGAGAAGCUGAGGAAAGUGGCCAAGAUGUAUAUGAGGACUGGGACCAAUUUUUGAAGGAAAGAGCUCCUUUAUCACAUGAUAAUAGUCUUUAUUCUCUAAGUGAGGUUCAAUCUAUCAGCAAGGAGCUUCGUUCAUUAAGGACGGAGAAUGUGUCCCUGAAGGAGGGUAUACAAGAGCUUAAGGCAGAACUAAAUAAUAUCAUGGAAGCAGAUGAGCGUCUAUUGUUGCUGGAGAAAGAGCGCUCUUCUUCAGAGGCUGCUUUGAAGGACUUGGAGUCUAAACUUGUGGCUGCUCAGGCAGAUGUUUCAAAACUUUCUUAUUUGCAAUUUGAAUGUAUGGACCUACGGGAGAAGAUAGAAAGUUUGCAGGGAUUGCUCUAUAGGUCAACUGAACAAGCAGAUCAAGCAAUUUCAGCAUUACAGGAAAAUCAUGAGCUCCGAAAGAAGGUUGAUAGGUUGGAAGAAUCCCUACAAGAAACACAUGCAUUUCAAACAUCAUCAGAUAAUAAACAUGAUGGGCUUAUGCAACAGAAAUUUAGACUUUUGGAAGAGCUCGUUGAAAGGUCUGACCAGAAAAUACAUUCUAAUAUUGAGUUAUACCAACAAUCAGUGAAGGAAUUCCAAGAUACAUUGAAUAGUAUACAAGAAGAAAGCAAGAAAAAGGCAGAAGAUGGACCUGUGGAUGAUAUGCCAUGGGAAUUUUGGAGUCGGCUGUUACUCAUUAUAGAUGGUUUGUUGCUUGAGAAGAAAAUAUCAUCCAGUGAUGCAAGUCUUUUAAGAGAAAUGGCAUGGAAGAGAGAUGGACGUAUAUGUGACGCAUACUUGGCAUGCAAAGACAAAAGUGAGCUUGAAACUCGGUCUACAUUUCUCAGACUGACAUCAAUACGGUCAUAUAGCCCUGUAUUGCAUAUCAUCCAUAUUGCAGCAGAAAUGGCACCAAUUGCAAAAGUUGGUGGCUUGGGAGACGUUGUUGCUGGUCUAAGUAAAGCUCUGCAGAAUAAAGGACAUCUUGUGGAAAUUAUUCUUCCAAAGUAUGAUUGCAUGCAAUAUGAUCGUAUUGGUGACUUGAGGGCCUUAGACGUAGCAUUGGAGUCACAUUUUGAUGGCCAGCUAUUCAAGAAUAAAGUCUGGGUUGGAACAGUUGAAGGUUUGCCUGUCUACUUCAUUGAGCCCCUUCAUCCAGCCAAGUUUUUCUGGAGGGGCAACUUUUAUGGGGAGCAUGAUGAUUUCAAACGUUUUUCUUUCUUCAGCCGUGCAGCACUUGAGUUGCUCCUUCAAGCUGGCAAGAAGCCAGACAUAAUCCACUGCCAUGAUUGGCAGACAGCUUUUGUUGCACCACUUUAUUGGGACUUAUAUUUUCACAAAGGUCUUGACUCAGCUAGAAUAUGCUUUACGUGCCACAAUUUUGAGUAUCAAGGGACAGCAUCUGCUUCAGAGUUAGCAUCCUGUGGCCUUGAUGUUCACCGGAUAAACAGACCAGAUAGGAUGCAGGAUAGCUCAUCCCAGGACAGAGUCAAUGCUGUCAAGGGUGCCAUCGUGUUCUCUAAUAUUGUGACAACAGUAUCACCCACCUACGCACAGGAGGUGCGGACUGCUGAGGGAGGACAUGGUCUCCAUGCUACUUUAAAUACUCAAUCGAGAAAGUUCAUUGGAAUUCUUAAUGGGAUUGAUACUGAUACUUGGGAUCCUAGGACUGAUACUUUUCUUAAAGUUCAGUAUGGUGCUGAUGAUCUUCAAAGGAAAGCUGAAAAUAAAGAAGCUUUAAGAAAGCAUCUAAAAUUGUCCUAUGCUGAAGCUAGACAGCCACUGGUUGGUUGCAUAACAAGACUGGUACCACAGAAAGGUAUACAUCUUAUUAGGCAUGCAAUAUAUAGAACAGUGGAGCUUGGAGGGCAGUUUGUACUCUUGGGUUCGAGCCCCGUGCCACAUAUUCAAAAGGAAUUUGAGGGAAUUGCGAACCAGUUUCAGAACAACCCUCAUGUUCGAUUGAUAUUGAAGUAUGAUGAGGCUCUGUCACAUGCCAUUUAUGCUGCAUCUGACAUGUUCAUCAUUCCUUCAAUCUUUGAGCCAUGUGGGCUUACACAGAUGAUAGCAAUGAGGUAUGGUUCUGUACCUGUUGUACGAAAAACUGGGGGUUUAAAUGACAGUGUUUUUGAUCUUGAUGAUGAUUCAGUUCCAUUACAAAUCCGCAAUGGGUUUACAUUCUUGACACCUAAUGAGCAGGGAGUAAAUGGUGCCUUGGAUCGUGCAUUUGACAACUACAUGAAUGACAGUGAGAGUUGGCAGCAGCUUGUUAAGAAGAACAUGAAAACAGAUUUUAGUUGGAACUUGUCAGCCGCACAGUAUGAAGACCUUUAUGCAAAGGCUAUCACCAAGGCCAGGGAAAAGACAACACACACCUGAGCCUUUCUUUUUUGCAUGGGUUUCUUUUCCUUAUUGAACAGUAGAUACCAGUCUAAGCCAAAGCAAUCUUCCCAAUUCUCACUCACCUGUCCAACUGAGGAAAUUGGUUUAAUUGUGAAUCUGCCAGAGCUUUUUUCCCUUCAUGGCUGUCAUUCAGGAUGAGAUGAUUUGUUAUAGAAUAUACCUAAUGCUGGAGGGCGAAGAGUUCUGAAGUUUGUGGUUUCAGUUGUAUAUAGACACAACUGGGUUGUGAUUUUACCCUCACCUUCCCAGUUCGAUACAUUCUACAGUCAAGUCAUGUAAUUCUUUUGUUGAUAGAUGAAUAGACUCAAUUGUAUAAAUGUAAAUCUUGUUCUUCUGCAUGAGUGCAAGGAGAUGGAGGCAAAUUUUGCCUUCAUUAUACUUCAAUUCUGUCCUUGCAAGAAUUUUGAAAGUGUACAGAAAUUACAAGUUAAAACUAAAAAUUUGCAAAGUUUCUUGAUUCCUUAA